AUGGGGAGAGCUCCGUGCUGCGACAAGGCGAGUGUGAAGAAGGGCCCGUGGUCGCCGGAGGAGGACGCCACGCUCAAGUCCUACAUCGAGCAGAACGGCACCGGCGGCAACUGGAUCGCGCUGCCACAGAAGAUUGGUCUGAGGAGGUGUGGAAAGAGCUGCCGCCUCCGGUGGCUCAAUUACCUCCGGCCGAACAUAAGGCACGGUGGAUUCUCAGACGAGGAGGACAGGAUCAUCCUCAGCCUCUACAUCAGCAUAGGCAGCAGGUGGUCAAUAAUAGCGGCACAGCUGCCGGGGAGGACGGACAAUGACAUCAAGAACUACUGGAACACAAGGCUCAAGAAGAAGCUCUUUGGCAAACAGUCGCGCAAGGACCAGAGGCAGCACCAGUUCGCACGCCAGGCAGCGAACGGCGGGCAUAAGGAAGAAGCCAGCGAGGGCGUAGCCGGGAACAAUGGCUUUGCUGCUGGUGCUUACAAUUGGCACCAGCAUGGAAUGGCCAUGCCGCCCCGUCCGAUGCCUGGUUCAAUGGUGGAAGGCAACCGUAUCGGAGAAGGGGUGGAUGAGUCCAUCCGGAAGCUUCUGUUUAAGCUAGGAGGAAGCUCUUUUGCGGCCCUGCCAGCCCCGCCGUGCCUUCCUCCGUCAAUGUACGGGGAAGCUCCAAACUUUGUGGCGCCAUCGGUGCACACGGCCCCGCUAAACGAAGGUGGCAUCCACUGUUCCGGCGUGCUGCCUGCACUGGAGCUGGACGAGAGCUUCCAGUUCAAUCAGGUCAAGCUGGACGGGCUGGAAUGCUUCUUCGGCAUGGGGGACCAGAGCAUGAGGUGGAAUGAAGUGAGCCCCUUGGUUUGCCCUAACACUACUGUCGCGUCCAGCUCCCAAGCGAUGCAGCAGUACUGCCUCGUAGAGGAGCCGGUCGACCUUGGGAUGCAGUAG